GGUAUCUGAGUAGCGUGUCAUCUGGCUAUAUUAUGUGUUCAUUUAGGGUGAUACAAUCGAAAGUAACUAAUAAUUUGAAGUAAACAGUAUAACAGUAUACAGUAAGGGCGCCUCGAGAACAGCUGAUGGCUACACAAACUAUAUUUCUUUAAAACUAAAAGAUGAAUGAUGUAAAGGGGGGUUGUUUAGAUUAAUCAUGUGGCGAAGAUCUCUGAGCUCAGGCUACAGAUGCUUUGGCGGCAGGAGUGUUGGACCAAAGUUGUUUUACAGAAUAUGGGUCUGGCAGUGGCAGCACAGUUUCAAAUUGUUUCUGGACUAAAGGGACUUUGGAGCUCUCAUGCAGUGCAUUCAGGCAGCGCCCCAGCCUUACCUGCAGGAGGUAUCACUGCACUUGAAGCGGUGAAUUUAUGGAAGAGACACUUUGCCGAGAGAGGUGUGACGGAGCCGGACCACUCUAGCCAUUACAUCAUUGCUCAUCUGUUUGGGGCAAAAACUCUAGAAAGUCUUGAUCAGAGGAGAUUAACAGAGUUUCUCAGUCCAGAAAAAACUGAGCAGAUGUGGAAGCUCUGCUCUAGACGCCUAUCCAGAAUGCCUGUGCAGUAUGUGAUUGAGGAGUGGGACUUCAGAGAUCUGACACUGAAGAUGAGACCUCCUGUGUUCAUACCAAGACCUGAAACAGAGGAGUUGGUUGAACUCAUGCUCUCUGAUCUGGAGAUGAAGCUGGGGACUGGAGCCGGUGCAGACGCCCAGCAAACAUGCUUGGAAGUGGGAUGUGGCUCCGGUGCCAUUUCUCUUAGUCUGCUGACCAGUCUGCCUCAGCUCAAAGCCAUUGCCCUGGAUCAAAGCCAAGAUGCAGUGGAUUUAACAGGGGAGAAUGCGUUAAGGUUGGGGCUUCAGGACAGAUUACAGAUUCAUCAUUUAGACGUAAUGAAAGAUGCAGAAACUCUGUUGAGCCUCUGUAGCGAUGUCUCAGCUUUGGUCAGUAACCCCCCGUACCUGUUCUCAGAGGAUAUGACGACGCUGGAACCUGAAAUAUUUCAAUUUGAAGACCAUGCUGCUUUAGAUGGAGGUAAAGAUGGCCUAAAUGUGAUCAAACAGAUUUUGACUCUGGCUCCAAAGAUCUUAUUAAACCAUGGCCGUGUUUACUUGGAGGUGGACCCCAGACACCCCCUGCUCAUUCAGCGCUGGGUGGAGGCAAAUGUGCAAGAGAUGCAUUAUGUGGAGACACGAGAAGACAUCACCGGCAGGCCACGGUUCUGCAUCCUUCGUAAAGAGAAGUCAAACAAGGAACACAAGCUGGAUUUGGAUUGAGAAGCUGAGAUCCUAUUACACUAGCUUUAGCCCUAUGUCACCACAGCCUCAGCUCCCCUACCCCCACUGAGCCGCCCAGCACGCGUUUGCAUCACUCAAAAUUGAGAAUUUGUAGAAGCUCAAAUCAUUUUCAUGUUACUGUUGCACUUUUAAUCUGCUAAUGGUUGUGGUCGUAUUUGAACAAAAUAGCACAUGUGUGCGAGAUGGCAAUAAAGCAGGCUCAAAGCUGAAGGUAAUUACCGAGACUUUUCUUAGAACCCUCCCUCUCAGAAUCUCACCCUCCUCCCGGGAAGCACUCAGUAGUUCUGUGAAUCUGCUGAUGAACAGUCCUCCCCUUCGCUUGUUCACUCGCUGACUCAGAUGCAGGCUGUACGCAUUGUUGAGCAUAAAACAUGAACGCAGGCCCACACACACACACACACACACACACACACAAUGUGGCCUUUACUUCCUCUCACAAUCUUCGUCCCUCACACACUUAAAGCUCAAAGGCCACAAAUUAUUUGUGUUUCAAAGGUGAUUUGAAGUCGAAAAUAUUUCGUAACAACUGUACCCUGAGUAAUACUGGCAUUUUAAGAGAAAUUGAUUGAAAGGACAGCAAGUUAGUCUCUAAUUGGUUAUUUUAAUAGAAAAUGUACAUAUGUAAAAGGUAGAAAAAAAUGUUUUACUGAGAAAAAUAAAAAGGCGCAAAAGAUGUCUCAAUGGAAUCAGCGUACUUCUUAGGAACACUAUGUACAUCCAGAACUGAUGAGG